AUGUCAGGAAUCACUAUAUCUCCUGAGCAAUCUGCUCAGCUUCAGUCCGAGAUCCAAAGAGAGCUCGAAAGGAGAGAAUGGGCUGAGCCUGAUGAUAAUGUGAUGGCCGAGUAUAUUACUGUUCUGCUUGCAAAUGGCAGUCCAAGAGAUAGGGUGCAAACGGAAAUGGAUGAUUUGGUAGGAUCGGAUUUUGAUCCAGCAUUUUUGGAUUGGUUAUUUUCCUCAGCGAAAUCAAUAACUUCUGGACCUUCGACUUCGCCUGCUCCGUCUAAUUCUGCUCCUGCUUCUGUACCUCUUACUGCUCAGCCUUCAGGAUCCACUCAAAGAGGUGGACAAGGAGGAUCAAGAUUGUUGAAUACUGCUUUGGCACCUUUGAAUUCUCAACCUGAAAAACGAAAAGCAUCAGAUACUCAAGAUGGUCCAGCCCUAAACAAGAAGAGACUGUCAGAUGUGUCAGUCUCGGCUCCCUCAGGACCUAGAACUAUGGGUAACGAAUUCAGAGGUCUAGCAGAUAGGUUAGGUCCUGGACCAGGAAGAGGUAGAGGUUUACCAAUCAGAGGUGUAGCUGGUGGCAGAGGUGGGAUGGGAAUGGGUCAACAUAUGGGUGGUAAUGGCAAUAUGGGCUUCCGACCCAACUUUCAACAGCAACAACAACCUGGUUUUGCGCAGCCUGGGUUCGGUCAACAAUUCAUGCCUCAAGGUCAACAGGAAAUGGUGGCUCAAAUGAUGAUGAUGCAAGCUAGUAUGGCCCAAAUGAAUAACAUGGUCGCCACCAUGGUACAGGAACGACAAGCGCAACAGCAACAACAACUUUUACAACAACAGCAGCCGACAGCUUUCCCAGGUAAAGCUGUCAGACCACCUUCAGUCAAAGUACCGCACGGUACCAAGCUAGGUGCACAUUCAGUCUCGGGUAUUCCACCCAAAUCUGCUGCUACACCGGGACCUAUUCCCGACAAGCCCUCAUCGACAGCAUUAUGUCGAUAUUCAAUUGGAUGUAGUAAUUCAAGGUGUCCAUAUAGUCACCCCAGUCCAGUUGCAGACGAGAAGACUGGCAUGGUGCUAAGUGAAGAACCCUGCGAGAACGGAAAAGAGUGUAAAGAUGCCGAGUGUAUAAAAAGCCAUGUCAGCCCCGCAGCAAGCUUAGGCGAUUCUGCUGGACCAAGUAGACUAUUAUGUAAAUACCUAAACUGCACCAACCCAUCUUGUCCUUUCAGACACGAAGAUGCCGAAGGUAACCCGAUCCCACCACCCGCACUCACAGCAUCAAAAGCACCGAAAACAAAGAUCGUCCCUGUUCCAGUCGCUGCUCCCAGUUCAGAUAAUGAAGAUGGUGACGGUGAUGGAGAUGGUGAUAUGGAAGUUGUCAUGUCACACAGAGGAUUGAUGGACGGAGCUUUAGAUGAUACUAGGAAAGAAAUAUCCUGUAGAUACGGUGAUAGGUGUACUAGACCCGACUGUAAAUUCACCCAUCCUGCAUCAAGACCUACACCUAAAUCCAGUAAAAAGACUUUCGCGCCACGUUCAACUUCUGGUAAUUUCAAUAAAUCGAUCUCAUCAACCAACGGGGGUGGGAUAGGUGGUGGCAUGCAUACCAGUAAGAAGUUCGGCUCUUCUACUGCCUCAAAGUCAGUAGAGAAGAAAUUAGAUCCUACAGUUGGGGAAUUCAAACCUUCCGCAGAAAAGGAGUUGGAAGUCACUUCUUAA